CGCCGCAGCCGCCAUGCGCUAAGCUCCGUCGAGUAGUGUUGGGCGCAUUUACAUUAACGGGCCAAGUAAGUGGCGCCUUUCAUGUGGGAGGGCACGUCUGUUUGACUUUUUAUUUCUUUCUCUUCCGUUUGUUACGCCUUUAGAAAAAGGACAGUUCUUAAGAGGACACAUCCGCUUUAUGGAAUUAGUUUUGGACAGUAAAACUAAUAAGAUGCCUUGCCACAACCAGCAGCUGAGCGGCGCCAGCCAACAGGAACACGCUGUCAAGCAGGUCCGUUUCGUUAAUACGGGCCCCGGCGGCGGCACCAUCUCCAGCGCAGAGGUCAAGGAGACCCAAGGAAGCGAGCUUGUCGGAGCUCCGUGUCCGUCGGAGCUUGGGCCGCGAGUUAAGCUGCUCCCGCUGAAUGACCAAAUCCGAGAGCUGCAGACCAUCAUCCGGGACAAGGCAACCAGCAGAGGUGAUUUUGUGUUUUGUGCGGAUCGACUGAUUAGACUUGUAGUUGAGGAAGGACUCAACCAGUUGCCAUUCUCCGAGUGCACCGUCACGACUCCCACUGGGCACAAGUAUGACGGCGUUAAAUUUGAGAAGGGCAACUGUGGCGUCAGUAUUAUGAGGAGCGGAGAAGCCAUGGAGCAGGGCUUGCGGGACUGCUGCCGAUCCAUCCGCAUCGGUAAGAUCCUCAUCCAGAGCGACGAGGAGACCCAGAAAGCCAAAGUCUACUAUGCCAAAUUCCCCCCCGAUAUCUACAGGAGGAAGGUUCUGCUCAUGUACCCCAUCCUGAGUACCGGUAAUACCGUGAUAGAGGCUGUCAGGGUGCUUAUUGAACAUGGCCUGCAGCCCAAACACAUCAUCCUUCUCAGCCUCUUCUCCACACCCCAUGGUGCUCAGUCGAUCGUCCAGGAGUUCCCAGACAUCACGAUUCUCACUACAGAGGUGCAUCCGGUAGCCCCCACCCAUUUCGGACAGAAGUACUUUGGGACAGACUAGCUGCAAGUCUGGAGAGCCCCUGCGAUAAUGCGUCGCUGGACCCACCAACAGUGUGCUUUUCCUCUGCUAAGAGCCACCUGGUAAACGCCUAUUGCACCACUCAGCCAAUCCAUGAUGGCCACCCAAUCAUGUGACUAGAAAAGUGUUACAAAACCAGACACGCCCACCAUGAAAAGAGGAAGGGGGAAGCACAUUCCAUUCAGGUCUGUGAGGAAAAUGAGGUGGGCACUGCCUGUUGAUUUGCCUGUUUUUGCAAUAUUAUUUAUGUCUUCAGUUUUAGGGGAGGAAAAAAAAUAAACAUUGCUCGUAGUUUUUC